CUCACCGGGCUUUCGACUCAGCUCCUAAGUUCAAUGUUUAUCACGAUGUGUCAAGAUUAUGUAAUUUUGCGACAAUUCGAAAAUAGGACGGUGGAUGGCAAGAGUACGUGGUGCGUGUUUUCGUCGAGUAGAGUAAUUGAAGAGAUCAACUAUGUAUCAUAGAUGGGAAAAAGUAUUUCAGAUUAAUAAUUUACAGCACAGCUUAGGCUGUGGUUUAAAUUUGUUCGGUUUGACAGAUCGGAUCAGCUGUUCGACGCUGGCAUUUGUCCCCAAAUGUCAACCCGUAGGGAAUAAGGAAUUAAUUUUAUUAGAGAAUUUUAUAAAUGAUUCCGGUAAAAUAUGCGUUUUGACGGGUGCUGGAAUAUCCACUGAGAGUGGAAUACCAGACUAUAGAUCUGAAGGUGUAGGUUUAUAUGCAAGGAGUGAUCAAAGACCUGUACUUUACAAAGAAUUCUGUGAAAACGAAGGCAGGAGGACAAGAUACUGGGCUAGAAAUUAUGUGGGAUGGCCACGGUUUUCUUCAUUUACCCCGAACAUAACUCAUAAAGUGCUCAAGGAUCUGGAAGAUAUUGGAAAAGUAAGCUGCGUAGUUACUCAAAAUGUAGAUAACUUACAUUUCAAAGCAGGUAGUAAAAACGUAAUCGAAAUUCAUGGAACAGCCUUUACAGUCGUAUGUUUGAACUGCGAACACAAGAUUUCUAGAUUUGACAUGCAGAAGAUACUCCAACAAAACAACAAGAACAUGAAUGCCGAAACUCAGAUGAUGAGGCCAGAUGGCGAUGUCGAAUUAUCACAGGAACAGAUUGAUAAUUUCGUAGUGCCUUCGUGCAAAAAAUGUGGUGGAGUAUUAAAGCCUGACAUUGUAUUUUUUGGCGAUAAUGUGCCACGUGAAAGGGUGGAAAAAAUAAAGCAGGAAGUAGAAGCUGCAGAUUCCUUGUUAGUACUGGGCUCGUCACUUACAGUGUUUUCUGGGCUUAGAAUCAUCCAUCAGGCAGUUGAGGCUAAAAAACCCAUAUCAAUAGUGAAUAUUGGACAAACAAGGGGAGAUCAGUAUGCUCAACUUAAAAUAGUAGCAAGAUGCGGAGAAAUACUUUCCAAGAUUCGCUGUUUAUGAUGGUAAUUUUAAUAUAGCAAUUUAGUAUAAGUUCAUUUAUACACGGGCCGAUUGCAUUAGCUGUUCGAAAAAUAUCAACCCAGUUGUUAACUCAGGAUAUAAUAUGUAAAUUUUUGUUAACGAACCAAACUCUGUGUAGAAUAAUACUGUGAUUACUACCUCAAGCUAAAUACUUGUUGCUGUUUAUUAUUGCCGUGAUGAAUGAUUUUUUUACGCUUGGGAAAAGGAUACAAAAUUCCAGCUAGCUGUUUCAAGGAUUGUAUUCGACUCUAUUUACUCCUAACAUCAAUCAAUCUAAAUUUCAUUAGAAAAUAUUUACUAUUCCGCAAUUAUCGUUCAUUACUCAGUGCCUCUCCCAAAAGAAGCAUCGAUACUUUUAUCGAUUCAUCAAAUCGUAUUACACUUUGAUACAGAAUAAGCUACGUUACAUGUGAGCUGUAUAAUUCUGAUAUCAACUUUUGUUAUCGUCUGGUUUGAUGAAAUAAGAUUUAUAUUCACAUUUAAGUGUUACUUCUUUAGCAUAUUGGUGAUGAUCAGUUUAUCAUGAAGUACGUACGUAUUCCUUUGCAGCUUUAUAGUAGCUAUGUAAUCAUAACUUAUCAUCGCUUGAAUGAUAGAUGAGGCACAUGCAUUUUGGCAGAUUUAUGACAUAUCAACGAUGUAGUAAUAGGACUGACAUAUCUAACUGUUCUGCACGUAUUUAUGAUUUGCCAACAGGAUUAUCUCAUUGAUGUAGCUCAGAUAUUUCACAGAUGAAAAACAGAAUGUAACAAUCCAACCACAAGACGAUAGAUGUAUCAGCUUGUAAAAUAUACGUAACAAAAGUAACACUGAUAAUGGUUACUUUUAUACGAAUUAGUCAAUUCAUGCAUUCAAGUUCACACAUACUGAAUUUAUCUGGUACAACCCUUGUCCAUUGGCUUCAUUUCAGAAAAAUUCUGAUUAUUGAAUUUUUGGGACUUAAUCACUUUCAUCUACCGGAAUUAUUCAUAAAUAUGUAGUACAUCUACAUCUACUUCAUGUAAUUAAGUAACAUUGGUUAUAGUAACAGAUUGUGCAAAUCGGUAUAACUUUAUCUUUAACCCAAUUUACGAAAUUAUGAAGUUUACAACAAUCAUUACUUGAAAAUUUUUCUGAUUUAAGUACAUCAGUUAAGAAAAGUCGAAGAACAUAUUAAUUUGAUUCAACAAUCCAAGGUAAUAUUUAAGAAAUGGUGUGUCUCACAUGUAUACAUAGACUCUGGGCACCAAUGGAUGCCAUCAAUUGAUGUGAUGUGAUAAAAUUAUUGAUUGUUUAAACCCUUGCAUAUCAACUCGAAGAAUAAAUUGGUAGACCGAUCUCAAA